AUGGACGAAGAGACCGCCGUGUGUGCAGCAGUUCUCGCCGCGGUGACAGCUGCUCUUACACCCUUCGACGGCCGCAGCAACCGUGGACCCAUUGAAAACAACUUCGUUGUUCCAAACAACACGUGGUUGCUUGUGAAAUCUACGACUUCCCUUAAUGCAUGGUUCACGCGGCACCUGCGAUGCCCUCGACCCACGUUCAAUCGAAUUGGCAUUGAUGACCGCGUAGCUUGCACCCUUAACUACCUACCUCACUCAGACGGCUACGAGUCGACGGCAGCAUUCUUUGGCAUCUCAAAGACCAGAGCGUACGAGUAUUGUGCCACCAAAGAGUCCCUGGGGGUGGCUGCUUUCUUGGCGACGCUGGACGAAGUGCACUACAACACGAUCCACAGUCGCAGCCGCAUGGUCGUCGAGCGCGCAUUUGGGCUUUGGAAGAACAAGUUUUGUUUUUUUAGACUGAGCUGCUCCAACAUCGACGAGCUACAUGGCGCGCCUGAUUGA